AAAGCUUAUUUCUUUUCAUUAUUAUAUAUUAAAAGGGUUUUAAUUGUGCUUCCAUUUUUUUAUCACUUCAUUUUGCAACACUGUGAUGCUUUUUUAUAUGUAAUAAACAUUUAAAAAUUUUGGAAAGGUAACAAAUUUAAUAAAUACAUGUAGUGUUGUCUUUGAAUAUCAGUUUAUUGAUAGAUAUUAACAGAUAUUCAGCAUUCAUUAAGUCAAUAUUGAUUCACAAUUUGGGAUAUCAAUAAAUUUAGUUAUACUGCUCUACUUAUAUUAAUACAAAUUGUCAUCAAAGUCUGACAGUCCUAAAUAAUAGUAUAAAGACUUUAAAUAAUAUUUCACAUUAACAAAAGUUAACAAUCUGAUCAGAUAUUACUUAUAUUUACAAGUUAAAGAAUUGGGAAUUUAAUACUAACAGUGACCAAAUUUAUUUAAAAAGAUCAUGUUACAUUUUAUUUAAAAAAAGAAACCUCAAUUUUUAUUUAUUUUUAAAACAAACUUGUAGCCUGAUGGAGGAAUUGACAGAAGUGAAAGAAGAAAAUUUUAAACUGAAUGCAUCUGUAUCACAUACAAAUGAGUUGAAUUCAAAAGUUGAGAAAAAAGUUAAAAAAAUUAAUUUACAAAAAAAAGAUUUGAAAAGGACAUGUAGUAGAGAAAAUUAUUGGCGUGAAAAGUAUAGAAAGCUGGAACAAUCUGAAAAUGACUUAAAAUAUACAGAAAAAGAUGUUACUAGAUUCCUUGAUGAAAUUACUAGGCUUAAGACAUUACAUGAAGAAAACAAUGAAAGAAUUAGGCAUUUAAAUGAAAAUAUUGAUUCAUUAAAACUUCAAAAUGAAAAUCUUUCCAAAAUUCAACAAGGAUUAUUUUAUGAUGAACAUACAAGAACAUAUGUACCCGAAAUGCAUAUAUGUGUUUAUAGCCUAUUGAAUAGUCAUGUCACUACAGAAAAUGUAAGUAAAGUUAUAGAAAGUGUAUUAAAAUUAGUGAACAUUUUUCCAAAUAAACUUCCUUGUCCAAGCACAAUUAAUAAUUGGAACAUUGAAAGAGGAAUUUUGGUAAAGAAACAAUUGUCAAGUGUAUGUGAAGAGCAAAAUACAACUUUACACUCAGACGAAACAUCAAAAUAUGGAAGUAGGUGGGGGGCUUUUGCCACAAGAGAUGACAGUGGCAAUUAUAAAUUGUUAGGAUUAAGAAAUAUGGCAACAAAAUCAAGUCAAGACACAUUAGAUACUUUCAAAGAAAUCUUAACAGAUAUUAAUAUAGCAAGUGAAGAUGAAAGUCAAGGUGGCAAGAAAAUUUUAACAAAUAUAAAAAACACAAUGAGUGACAGAGCAGCUUCUGAAAUGAAAUUUAAUGAAUUAUUAGAAAACUACAGAAAAGAGGUUUUACCAGACAUAUAUGAAAAUUACAAUGAACUAAAUGAAGAGUCAAGAGAAGCAAUUGAUAGGAUGAAUAACUUUUUUUGUGGACUUCAUUCUUUAGUUAAUAUGGCUGAAACAUGUGAAAAAACAUUAAAUGAAGUAGAAAUUUUGCAUUUUGAUAAUAAAAUUCCUAUCCAAAAUCCAACUUUUUUAAAAUCUGGUCAGUCUGGAACUACUAGGCUUAUUUUAACUGCAUGUAAAUCUUUUGCUAGAAGAGGAGAUGAAAAAAAUGGUUGCUAUGGAAAUUUUAAAACAUAUAUUAACUCAUUCUUAAAAGAAAAUAAUAUGCAACGUGUACCUCUUCAACCAUUAAGAGGAAAUAGAUUUAACAUCUUAUUCACUAAUGCUGGACAUGUAUACUUUUUACAAAACGAAAUGAAAGAUUUUUUGUUGAAAACACCUAAGUCAAAUGCUCUGCUUUCUUCUGUUUUGUUUGAUUUGAAAGAGCCAUUCUUUUUGGCUGGAUGUAAAGCUCUAGGUUUGAUAUCAAAAAUUAUCACUACACCUCUUUGGCAUGUAAUUGAAUCGAAAGAAAUUACAAUGUCUCAAAUGAAUAAAAGAUAUCUGACUUUGAAAACAUUUUUGCAAGACUGCAGUUUAAAUUUAGAUGAUUUUAUUAAAGGAAAUAUAACACUUUUUGAAGAUGUCAAUGUGAAAAAAGACAAAGUGUAUGAAAGUUUAGUUAAAGAAAGUGAGAUAGAUGGGCAUGUUGAAACUAUUCUUUUAGUUAUCUUACCUGCAUUAUUAAAAUUAAUCACAAAACAGUAUAAGGAUCAUUUACCAGGUGGAAUUCAUGAGAACUUAAAUGAAAGAGAAGUAAGCAGUGUUGAUAAACAUAAUAAAUUUCCAGAAAGAGUUUUUUCAUAUUUAGACCACAUAUUAUCUUACAAACCAAACAUAAAAACUUUAGCACUUGAGUCACAUAUAACUUUUUCUCUAAAUAAAACAAAUGAAUGGUUGAAAGGUCAAGAUAACAUAAAUGAUAUUAUAAAACAGUGUAGAAGAGAGGUCAAUUUGGAAAGGCAAAGGUUUAAGGAGAGGGAAAUGAUACUGGAGAAAAGGAGGAUUGAAAAACAGAGAGAAGAAUUUAGGAAAAAAGAUGAGCUAGAAAGAAAAAGGGUAGAAAAACUUGAAAAAAUCACAAAUGAUAUGAUGUUUUAUGGCCUAUGGCAAAGUGAAGAAAGAGUUGAAGCAGAAUUAAGAAAAAUAGAGACUAGAAAAGGCAAAGAAGAAGCUCUGAAGGUCCAAUUACGGUUCAGAAAAGAUGUUUUCAAUCAGUUGGCUGAUUCAAAUGUUUUUAAUUUUAGUAAGGUUCCUGGUUUUGAUGAGUGGUUUAAUGUAAAGUAUGUAGAGGAAAAUGAUAUAUAUACAUGUAAGCUGGCAGAGGAGUUUAAUACAGGAGAUGUAGAAGUAAUUGAGAGUCAGAUGGCUUGCUGCAAUUGUCUGAUAAAUGAAAGUAGUUUUUCAAGUGAACAAUAA